AUGUUUAAUAAUGGAUUUCAACAAUACUUGUCGAGUGGAUUGUAUAGUGAUUUGACAUUGGUUGUGAAUCAUCGGACAUACAAAGUUCAUAGAAUAAUCGUUGGUUAUUCGUCGGAAUACUUUUCAAAUAUACUUCAAACCGUGCAGCAUCUUGGUCCAGACAUCUUUAAUAAUUCGCCAUCGACGGCAUCUCCAUCUGCAACACCUUUGAAACAUACAGCAUCUGCAACUGGGGCUGCAUCUGGGACUGGGACUGGCACCCCACCAUCAUCUCCACCUUCAUCACCCAAGAUUGCAUUAAUCAAGACAGUCCCAUCCUUUUCUCCUAUCCUCAAUCUAAACUUUAAUCCAAAUUCAAAUGGAAAUAAUAAUAAUAAUAAUAAUGCAAGUCAUGGGAGUAAUAAUGCGACGUCAUCAUCAUUUAAUAUCAAUGGAAACUUUGGAGGAGGAGGAAGCCAUUCUCUACCCUCUACACCAACCACUGGUAUCACGCAUAGUACAACUAUGACUGCACCACCACAACAACAACAACCAUCUCGGAAUAGUGUAAGCAAUCCAACAAUAGUCCAACGAACAACACCUGCCUCUCCACCAACAACUUCUGCCAACAGCAGCAAUGGUAGCAGCAGUAGCAAUAGUUUUAUAAAGAAAUCAUCCAAUUUAAUACCUGAAAUAUCCAAUGAACAACCUUUGGCGACGACAACACCCAACUCUACACCAACCAAACAACCUCAAAUAUCCCCAUCAUCGUCAAGACAAAGAACCUCAACAUCAAUAUCCAAAUCAAUAUCUGCUCUUUUAUCAACUGUAACACCGUCAUCCUCCAAGAAAUCAUCCUCCUCUUCCUCUUCCUCUUCUUCUUCCUCUUCAUCUCUGUCAUUAUCGUCUCCAAAAGGACACCAUAAAAAGGAUUCGGUUGAUACUAGCGUACAACUUUUAACGCCAACAAACACCAAGAAAUCACAUCACAAAAGUAUAUCUGCAGAUAAUACUAUUAGUUCGACAACACGACCACCAACACCCUCUAAAUCACUCCCACCAAUCACCCAAGAAACGCAAACAUCACCGACACAACAACUUAAAUCAUCAUCAUCAUCAUCAUCUACGCAAGGUCUGACUGUCAUCAUUCCAACGACCAAUUCAUCUUUAUCCAAUUCCACUUCAUCCAUUCUAUCCCUUUCAACGGCAUCUUUAUUAUCAACCUCUUCCAUAUCUUCGUCAUCUUCAACUCUAUCGUUGAAACAAUUACCAAUGGUUGAAGAAAAAGAAUCAUCAUCAUCUUCUUCUUCCUCUUCUUUAUCAUCAACUCUUUAUAAUUCUGAUAGUACUAAUAAUAAUAAUAAUAAUAAUAAUAAUUCUCAACCAAUGAAUAGAAAAGAUUCAACAACAUCAUUUAUAAUACCAGUAUCAUAUAUUAGACAACAAUUUCAUAGUCAUAAUCCAAAACCAACACUUAAAUGGGACGGCAAUAAUCUGGUGAUUGAAAUUAAUAUUCAAGAGGAAAACAAUUUGUUUGAUCAGAUUGUAUCGUACAUGUAUAGAGGAAAGAUUGAUAUUACCGAUGGUAACUGUGUUGGCAUCCUUCAUUACUCUAAUCGAUUCCUCAUUCACUCGCUGCGAAAGUUGGCAUUCAACUAUAUCACUGAACACAUCUCUGGCAAGAAUGUAGUACAAUGGCUGCACAAGGCCAUCGAGUUUUCCAUUGAAGAGUUGGUGCCCAAGUGUAUAGUGAUCAUUGCUCGAAACUUCUCGUCCAUCAUGGAGACUGAAGUACAACAAAAGAAAAAUGUCAACAUCUUUUCAUUUAUCCCAUUUGAAUCGUUUAUCCAAAUACUAGACCAUCACUCACUCUCUGUCUUUUCAGAGUUUACAGUGUACCAAUCCGUCUGUAGCUACAUUGAAUCGAAACAACAAAAACAACAACUCCUCACAGACACACAAAUCGCCAAACUCUUUAAAAAGGUUAGGUUCCCAUACCUCACCUAUUCCGAAUUCCAACAAGUCAUUCAAAACCCCCUCGUCCCUCAAGAACUUUUAACAGAAGGUCUAAUGGUUAGACUUGGUUUUCAAGAAUGUCCAAAUUCUUCAUUUGUUCAAUCUAGAUUAAAUGAAUCAAGAUUUAUGAAAAGAAAAACAUCUGGAAGAUUAUUUGAAUAUACAUUUGAUUAUGAUAAUAAGGGAGUAUUUUAUUAUCUUGGAACUAAUGGGUAUACAAAUGAUUGGAGUAAUCCUGCAUCUCCAUCAUCAUCAACGACGUCUACGACAACAGAUCACGAACCAAAGAUUAAAAUUAGUUUUUCAUCAAUUGAAAAGGGUAGUCCAAGUGAUAUAUUGGAAUUAAAACCAACAGAGUGUUGGUCAAAAGAUAUUCCAUCUAGUUGGAUCUCUAUUGAUUUUGGACCGACCAAUCUUUUUCUACCGAGAUAUUAUACACUUAGACAUGGAGGUAAUUCCAAACAAGAUUGUCUACGCAACUGGGUAUUACAAGCAUCGGAAGACGCAGCCGAUGAUUGGUUCACCAUCUCACGUCACUCUAAUGAACAUUUCCUAAACUCCAACUUUGCAUCUCAUUCUUGGCCCAUUCCAAAUUGCACUCAAUCCUAUCGUUACUUUAGAAUUCUUCAAACUGGACAUAAUAGUACCAAUUUGAAUUUCCUAUCUAUUGGUGGCAUCGAAUUUUAUGAUACAGAUAUGGAUAUAUGUCAGCAGCAGUCACUCGCUACUACUCUAUACUAUACAUACAACCAACCAGACUUUUAUAAAGAAAGCGAUCUUCACUAG